CACAGUCGACUGCCACACACUCAUUCCAAUCAUCAGUCGUCAUCGUCAAAGAACACAUGCGACCGCUGUGGCUGACUCGUGGCCUCGUCUUUCAUUGCCGCCUGCCCUUGCCCACCUCCCCCAUGCCCAUCUUUUCUCUCAACACCUCUGCCCCUCCCUCUCCCCCUCUCGCCCCUCUGCCUCCCGCCGCCCCUCACAUUCACACCGCUGUCAUGGCGUCCCUUCCCCGGCACUGACUCUCGGGCAAUCCCCCUCCCCCGUGCUGCGCCCCGGCCCCUCACAUGGCCCCGGUAACCUCGCAUUGUGUCGCCUCUGUCGGGCCGGCCAUCGUCAGCCGCUUUCUCGGCACCAGGGACAGCAAAAAAGUCGUCAUCAUCCAGAUCUGAAGCGAUAUGCAGCGACUGGUGCAAAUGUGCAGACAUUUGCAUAAUCUCACCGUCCUGUUGAUCUGGCUGGUCGAGCUUGGCGCGACGUUUCACCAACUGGAAGGAACACAUGGCUUCCACAUUCGGGUUUGCCCCCAUGGUCAAGUGCCUACCCGGCUGCGUAUCUGCUGCCUUAUCUCUGCCCGCUUCUUGACGAUCUCCUCAGUGGGACCCUCCAUUGGGGCAAAGAGGGCUAUGUAGGGCUUGUCUAGGGGAUAGUGCUGCACACAAGGACGUCAGCAGAGUACAUGACUGGAGGAAACACAGACAAACUGGCAGGGGUGGAGGGCCCUCACCUUUAUGUAUUGGAGGUCGUCUUCGUGCUUGGCCAGCUGCUGCCGCAAGGCAUCGAUUUGCGCCGGGAGGUCUUCACCGUCGUGAUCCUCUGCCUGGUCCCCUCGUUGCAGUAGCUCAGCCAGCUGCUUGCGGCACUUCUUCAGCUGACGCUGCACCUUCACCUCCUCUACGAACCCCCCCACACACACAUACACAUACAUGGAUCAACAUGGAGGUUUGUUGCUCGCGUGUUCUGUCUGACCGACGAAUCUGAUGCGCUUGUAGAACUUUUGUCUGCUCUCGAAGAACUUGCUGCGCUUGGCCUGCUUCUUCAGGGACUGAAUGCGGCCCUCCAACCUCUCUCGCUGCUCGGCUGGCAGAUCCUGCAAACGAAGAUGACCGAAACGCAACGAAUGGACGCACAAGGGCAUCUGUUUGCUCACCUUUGUCCUCUCCAGCACUCUUUGGAUGUCCUGUAUCCUCUCCUCAGGGGACUUGCGAGAUCUGUCGAUGUGCGAUGAGUCAGCAUCAUCCCGAGGGCCGCUUUUCAUGAUGGAAAGUCCUCUGUGGGCCACUGUCGAUGGCUUGCGAGUAUCAGCGUGGCUUUUCUUCAUCCUUCAGAUGUUUGAGCUCG